GAAGUAUUUCGGGGCAAUGAAUACGAUGAAAAGUGUGAUGUUUUUAGUUGGGCUAUAAUCCUAUGGGAAGUCCUAUCUCGGAAAAUACCAUUUGGUUGGAUAAAUGAUAUUGUGUGUAUACAAUGGGCCAUACACAAUAAUGCUAGGCCACCUUUGCUAGCUAACUGUCCAAAUAUUAUAGAAAAUUUGAUGACUAAAUGUUGGGCUAAUGAUAAAGUAGCAAGACUAUCCAUGAGUGCAAUUUUGGGAAUUAUGGACCAGGUUUUUGAUUAUGUUUACGACAUUUAUCACGGAAAUAAUCAAGGUGACUUUGAAUUUAUGCUACCACUUACCUGUUUAAGUGACGCUCAAAUGGCGGCCAAAAAAUUUUCAGCUAAGCCAUAUCCAUCACCCGGUGUAUGGGAGCCGGUUAUAGGCGAUAAUAUCCCCGUAAAUGAUACUGUGGUGGGCGGGUAUGAGGCAAAUGGUGAAGCAAUUUACGUUGGCCGAGUAAUUCGGUCGCACGGAGUGUGUUACGUGUCAUGUAGCGGGGAGGAGUACAGGUAUCAACGGUACCAGGUGCUAACUAACCCGCACCACUGUGAACUAGUGUGGAUAUACGAGGCGGGUGGUAAGGUACCCAAUGGUGCUCUAGUAGGUGGUCAAGAUAUGGUGGGUGAGAAUAUGUACAUUGGUCGCGCUAACCAUAAUGGGUCCCUGGUGAUUGGCAAAGUACACCCCAGUCACCGAUGUUUGUACAUACCAUACGGCGGUUAUGAGAUUAAAUACAGUGAUUACGAAGUACUA